AUUGCAGCGUAGAAAAACAUCUGGUAUAAUAUUAUAUAAUAAAGGUGGGAUUAUACCCUAAUGUUUGUCAAUGAUUUUGGUUGCGUGUCACGUGUAUGGUAGAUAAUCUUAAAUUCUUAAUCUAUCAUCCAUUUCUUGGUCCCGAAGCGAAAAUGGCAUUUAGAUUUCCCAUUUUAUUUUAUCAAUAAAUUUUCCAUUUUAUUUUUUCAAUAAAUUUCCCAUUUUCUACAUUAUUAUUUCCAACAAAUGGGAAAACCAACAAAAAAAGAAAGAAAAAUCAAAAUUGGCGGACGAAGAUAGUUCCAUACUUCCAUAUUACUAUUUGCGGGAGAUGUACGGUGUGGGUGGAUCGGGGACAGCGGGGUUGGCAGAGGUAUACGCGAUGAGAAAAGUUUAUAAGGAAAACAUGAAAAAGAAAAUUGAGGCCGUAGCAGCAGCAGCAGCAGCAGCAAAAGAAGAUAAAGACAAUGUGGUAGAGAAAACUAGAAUCGGGGAAAUGAAGAAACCAAAGAAAAGUCUCAACAACAGUUCGAGGGUUUCCUCUGUAAAUAUUUAACAAUCUCUGCAACUGGCAUUUAGCUUUUAACUGUUUAAUGAUGGCUUCAGUUUGUUCUUCUCUGUUUAUCAAUUUAUUUUUUUGCUUUUAAGAUUAAAUCAUCGGAUAUAUAUAAUAUAAAUAUCCUUCUGUUAGCGACUAGAGGCCAUUUCAGCUGUUUUUCUCAGUUGUAAUUUGUAAGCGAUCUUUCAAAGUUUAAUAUUUCUUUAUCUAGAAAA